AUUCAAGUAAGUCUAUAAUAUAUUCAGACCAUUUUUCACCAUCAUAUAAGUCUGUAAAAUCUAACAUGCCAGUCAACCCAAAGCUAUCAACGGCACCCCACAAAUUAAAGAAAAAAUCACAACAAUCAGUAGUUUUUCCUGAAAUUCAAAAAAAUGAACCCAAUAUGGUAACAUUAAAAACAUCCUUAAAACCUUUGGAAAAAAGUGUUCAAUAUUCAAAAAUGGGUUCAAUGAAGAAGGCACCAUUAACAAAACACACUGGUAAAACCAUUACCUCUGAUUCUAUUUCAUCCAUUUUUGAUAAAACAAAUUUGCACAAACCCCAUUUGAAAAGACUACAUGAUGAAAUGAAGAGGCAGUUAAAAUGGACAGAAGACAAACAACAAAGCAAAAUUGACGCAGUGAAUAAAUCUCUUUUGGAUACCUCACUUACGGGAACCAGUAGCACUGACAGAAAUAUUUUGAAAAGAGAGAAAAAUAAAAUCAGGAUGCAACGUCUUAGAUCUGAUCCACAGUACAGGAAAGCUGAACAAAAUGCUCAAAGAAUAACACGUUCUCAGUCCCAUGUGAAAAAGAAAAUUCAAAAACACAGACACUUGAAAAGGUCUGAUCCAGAGUACAGAAAAAACGAACAACAAUCUCAGAGACUAAAACGUUCUCAGGUCGAUGAGAAGAGCAAAAUUUUAAAGUACAAUCAGUUGAAAAGGUCUGAUCCACAGUAUAGGAAAAGUGAACAAGAAUCUCACAGACUAAAACGUUCUCAGGUCGAUGAGAAGAGCAAAAUUUUAAAGUACAAUCAGUUGAAAAGGUCUGAUCCACAGUAUAGGAAAAGUGAACAAGAAUCUCAGAGACUAAAACGUUCUCAGGUCGAUGAGAAGAGCAAAAUUUUAAAGUACAAUCAGUUGAGAAGGUCUGAUCCACAUUAUAGGAAAAAGGAACAAGAAUCUCACAGACUAAAACGUUCUCAGGUCGAUGAGAAGAGCAAAAUUUUAAAGUACAAUCAGUUGAGAAGGUCUGAUCCACAGUAUAGGAAAAAGGAACAAGAAUCUCAGAGACUAAAACGUUCUCAGGUCGAUGAGAAGAGCAAAAUUUUAAAGUACAAUCAGUUGAAAAGGUCUGAUCCACAGUAUAGGAAAAAGGAACAAGAAUCUCAGAGACUAAAACGCUCUCAGUCUGAUAUGAAGACCAAAAUUCUGAAACACAAGCACUUGAAAAGGUCUGAUCCUUAUUACAAAGUAACUGAGAGAAGUAAAAAAAGGUUAAAAAGAUCUGAUCCAGAAUUCAGAAAACACGAAAGAAAAUCUGAUUCAUUUGCUAAAUGUAAUAAGAGACAGAAAAUCAAUACCAAUCUUCAACAGUUAAUACAACAAUUCCACAAAAAAGUUGCUGAAGGUUGUACUUACACAUGUUGUAUAUGUCAACAACUUUGGUACAGACAUACUGUGAUAAAUUCAGAGUCUAUCAUGAAUUUAGAAAAUAAUGCAGUUAAACAUUGCAAAGAAACUGGUGAUUUAUUUGACAGUAAUUGGAUAUGUUUAACAUGCUCUUCUCAUUUGAAAAAGAACAAAAUUCCUCCAUGUGCUAUGGUGAACGGCCUGUCGUUUCCAGAAAAACCCAGCUUCUUGGAUUUAAAACCUUUAGAGUGGAGAUUAACUAGCCCAAGGUUAGUUUUCAUGAAGCUUCAACAAGCUCCACGUGGAAAACAAUACAAAUUAGAAGGAAAUGUUGUAAAUAUACCAGCAGAUGUUACAUCCACUGUAACAAAGUUACCAAGAACUGAGGCAGAUAGUUCUACAAUUAAAGUUCAGCUCAAAAGAAAUGUGAAAUUUAAAAAUUAUGCAUAUGCUCAGAAUGUAAGACCUAACAAAGUACUUGAAGCUGCAGCUUGGUUAACUGCAAAUGGAAAAUUAUAUCAAGAAAAGGGAAUAACUGUAGACACAACAUGGAAAUUAGCAGAGAAUCCCUGCAGCUCUGACACAUUUGAACAAACAAAAAAAGAGCAUACAACUGUUAAUAACUUGAGUGAGGAACAAAUAAAGGAAAAUACCACCUACUUGGAGAAUAUUUAUGUUCAGUUGAAACUUCUUUCCAUGGGGUUUAUGGAAACAAGACUAGGAUAG